AUGGAUUUUAUUAAAAGAAAAAGUAAUGAAAAAGAAUUUGAACAUUAUUAUAAUAUGUUAGAAAAGUAUCCUUUAAAAGAUGAAGUAUCUUAUUCAAUAUUAUUACAUGGAAAACUUCUAAUAUCAAAAAAAAAAAAAGAUAAUAAGGAGGAUUAUCAUGAUAUUAUAAAAGAGUGCUUUAAAAUAAUUAACGAAAUGAAAGUUAAAAAAAUACAUGCUUCUUUAAUUCGAUUCAAUGAGAAAUUAUUACUCUCUUAUUAUGAAUUAAUAAAAUUAAAUGUGCGCCCUACAUAUAAACAGUGGAUGAAAAUUUUAAGAACAGUGUGGUUUGUAUCUGCCUUAGUUAAAGCUAGAAGACAGAAAUUUAUUUUAAGAAAAAUGAAAAAAAUCAAAAAUAAAAAUUCGGUUUCCUUGGAUAAUUUUAAUGAAACUUUUAAUAUACAUAAUUUGGAAUGUCUUUAUGUCGAAAAUAGGGACCCCUUGAUAGCUAAUAAUGUCCAGCAAGGAAUUUAA